CAUUGGCUGAGUAGUCUAAUUGGUAAGGUAUUGGUUUGGUUUUUGGUUAUACGACACUUAAUUGAAAACUGCUAACAGUUUUGAACUACCUCUCGCAGUCAAGAAGCAAACGAAAUACUCCGUUUCUCCAUUAACUCACUAUUUCUUUACCAACUGACUGCUUCUUGUUUCUUUGUCUCUAGGAGUGAUCUCCCUCCUCAAUGUCACCGUGCGUUCCGAAGCGAGCAAUGACACAGGCAUAGUUGGCAGUGGCUUAGCUACCAUCUCGGUCAACGACAAAAACUAUGCUCCACAGACCAAAGGCUAUAAUGUUGUGGUUUUUGAUGCCCUUUCAGGUCGUUUCCUCACUUCAAAUGCGUUUGAUUGUGCGGAUAGCCAGGCAAAAUGCGAUGAGUUGGGCGACUUCCUGCAAGGCCUUCCCCAGGACGUCAUAGUGCUGUUAGCAGUUCAGGACUCGGCUUUGGCCGGUAACCACAAACUUCCCAUCAGCAAUCUGACGGCAGUCGGUGCAAAGGAUGCUGAGAACGUUGCGCACCAGACCUCUCACGCAGUUAUUGGGUACAAAGGACAGCAGGUGAUGGCGUGGAAAGACGAACUUCGGAAAGACAGUGGGCAAGGUCCCGCUGAAUUGUCAUCGAGUAUUCCAAUCAGUUGUUCAUACGUACCAGAAGAUUCCACAACCUGCACUCCGUUCAAUGUCGCUUCUCAAACGUAUGGAGGCAGCUGUCUGAACCAAUCCUCAAGUAGUGGUGCGCCGAACGACUGCCAAUACGUUCUUGAUGGGACAGUUACAGUGGGCUGGGAGUCGGCAACGAACGAAGGCGUCAACGCAUUCAUAACAAUCGGCUUUCACACCACUUUCAUUAUCAACAAGUUACGAAUUAUGCAGAAAACGGCUUCGGGACAACAAAUCCAAGAGAUUUUGCUGGAUUUCAGUGACUGCUCAACGGAAAAGAUUACGCUGGCUGGGAACAAGACCGAUUUUGAGGAGUUUACCUUCCUGUCUCGCAGGGCGAAUUGGGUCAGAUUAACCGUGAAAAAGGUGUAUGACGGCAGCGGUGGAGUCGGAAUAAAAGAAAUCGAGUUUUAUAAUGAGAUGUGCAAACAAAAGACAAUUUGUGACGCUGUAAAACUUUCAAGCAACAGUAAAUCGGAUCGAUAUCGCUUACACAGUACCAAGUUCCCUCUUAUGAUCAAUGCCAGGGACAAAGUGUCGGUUCUUCUCACGAGUAGUUCACGUGACAGCAGUCUUCAGUAUCAGAUAGUCAUUGGCUCAAACGGGUACAUACUCUUGCAUAAAAAAGCCGGCGAACAAAGUAAAAAAUUGACGGAAUCAAAUGUCACUGCACCUUCAUUGAAAGAGAACGAGACGCGCAUAUUUUGGAUAGACAUAGAAAAGGAUCGAGUGGUGUUUGGAUCAGGAGAAAAGAUUUACCUGUUUUGGAGAGAUAAGAAGCUGGUCAAAAUAAAGUAUGCCUUCCUCUCAACAACGACCUCAGCAGCCAUUUUUCAGAUCUGUGGGCGAGUAGGUCAGUGUUAUAAAGGUACUUCUCACUACUGGCCGCUGGACAAGUCCAUAAUCUUCGUACAAGACACACAAGGGGAUGGGUCUCGGGUCGGAAGGAUUCGCGGUCCGUGGACCACACAAGAAGCGCCCACCAAACUAGGCAUCACACCGCAUGGGCUUUCUCUCGGAGGCUCAAGCUCCUGGGUUGACCUCGGAGAGUUUAAAGACAGUUGCAUAGUCAGCCCGUCAAAGUGUCCAAAUGGAAUUUCUGUGAGCUUUAAAGCGAGUGUGUCAGGAAAUGAGACAGGUCACAUUCUUUCCUCAAAAGGGUUGGCCGCCUUCUACAUACGCACUACCAUGUAUUUUUAUGUACGAGAUGGACAGAAAUUUUGGCAAGUUCACGGAUCGUACCAGAAAAACACUUGGCAAACAUUUUCAAUGAGUUGGAGUCAAGAGAACGGGUUAACUGCUGUUGUUGUCGGAGAUACAUGCAAUGUGUUGCGUGACACAUAUGGCAAGAUUGUCGCGCCAUCAACAGACGCUGACAAUACAUUCGCAAUUGGUCGAUCCAUAAGCGAGAGCGGUGACUACGCUGAAUGCGUGAUACGAGAUGUAGCAGUUUGGGAAGAGGAAAUUACUGAAGAGAAGAUGUCAAAACUACAUGUUUGUAGUGAUCACAAAACAUGCGCACAAGGAUGGGAAUAUUUCGACGGUUCCUGUUAUAAGAUCGCGUCUGAGAACCUUACAUUCGCUUCAGCUCGCAACUCGUGUGUUGCUCAAGGAGCGGACUUGGUGAAGAUUUCUUCGGAAGAAGAAAACACCUUUUUAACGGAAAAGACUUCAGACGAGGCGUGGAUCGGACUGGCAAAAGAGCAAAAUGACUCCUUUUAUUGGCAGGACGGUUUAGGUUUCUCCUUCACUAAAUGGAAAGAUGGCUUGUCGAGAAGUGACGCUUGUGUUGUAAUAGACGUCAAUGGAACUUGGCGAGAUUCUCAGUGUUCUUUUAUCCCGAACAAAUACAUUUGUGAACAAGUUCCUGCUUAUUACCUGGGCUGUUACGAGGACAGCGCCGACUCGUCGUCGUUUGUAUUUAAUCCAGGUAGCUAUAAAGCAAGCGCAAUGACGCCAGGUCUCUGCAUGGAUGUAUGUGGCACCGCGUACUUCAGUUACGCAGGACUGAAAGGGGGCAACUUCUGCCUGUGCUCCAACUCUACGGUGCCCGCAAAUGAACGUUCCUCAGACAUGUGUGAUGUGCCCUGCUUUGGCUCUGGAAAUUCCGAAUGCGGCAGUGAAACUCACAUUUCCGUUUACAAGUCGCUUCAAGUGCGGCCUCUGAGCUUAACGCUGUCAUCAGACCAGAAUGUUACGACACUCGUGGCUUUCAACUUGACAUUGACGCCUUUGUUGCCAGCCGACCGAACUGUCGAGUCUUACUCAAUAAACGCGGGAGAUGGCACAACGUAUCAAACGACGCAAUCCGUCGCAACUCUUGCAUUUUUUUAUCCCGGGGCUUAUCCACUCCUAGGAAAAGUGACAGUCAAACACAGAGACACUGGUCAUCGGUCAACGGCUGAGUCUUCCACGACUGUGUCAGCGAUCUCUAAUGUCACAGACAUCGAGUUCGUUUGUCCAGCGGCAGUUGCUACGAAUUUCACCUUCAGUUGUGUCUUGAAGUUUAGCCGGGGUGCCAACGUGGGGACCACGAUACAAUUUAAACAAGGAGAAGAUCGCAUUGGCUCAGUGCCUGACGCAGAAAUCAUGACCUUGGGUAUUCCAGCCGCUGACUCCGGAUCACAGAUUAGUACCUCUGACGGAUUGUACCUUCUGGAGGGAAUGGAGGUCACCAGCAGGGGUAAAGCUGUGGCGCUAGAGAUGGAUGUCGAGCGAGGAGGCUUCGUAGACGUGAAGGUUUAUCGACGAAAAUGUCUAUCAGUGGGUCAGCGUUACUGUGGAGCAAGCAACCUGUGUGUCGCUAGUUAUCACGUGAUAAACGCAUCCGUUUGCCCAGCAGGAAAACCCAAGAGCUGCGACAACGAGGAAACAUUUAGCUUCAAGGAGGGACAGUGCACCAAGCAGAGCGAGUCAUGCAGCAACAACACGACGGUAGCACAUGGAAACUUUGACUACGAGCAUAUCUCAAGUUACAUGGUUUAUACAACGACUGGCCACAAACUCAUUUUGAUUGAAACUGGAAGUCAACAACUUCAACUCCAAGAGGGCGACCUCAUCGGAGUGCGUUUUCCCGCCACUGGGCCAACCGCGGCAUUGAAAACCAGUUUAUCAAGUUCCUCUUUCCUGUAUUCCAGCUCGGUGCUUAAUACCACUGGUACCCAGACUCUUCGCGGGAAUCGUCUUCCAUUAACAGAAGAGAGCCCGACGAAAGUUAAUUACGCACCUGCGGUAGCCAUACGGUACUCUGCAGCCUCUGAAACGUACUUUGAACACCGCUAUCAGAAAGCUGGUCAUGAGAAAGUUUCCUUCACUCUUGAAAACGCGCGAGAAAAAUUGAGCUUCACAAAAGAGAUUGCUGUUCAAGAAGACAUAACAGGACUGGAGUUAAAGUUGCCCGAUGCACUCCCAUCGGCCGAAGGCGUCAACAUAAGUGCUGAACUACUGCACGGCACAAACGUGUCUUAUGUAUGGGACUUUGGCGAUGAGAAAAAUGCCACAACCACAACACCAUGGGUAACGCAUCGUUAUGAAGCCACCGGAACAGUGGUUGUGAACCUCAUAGCGACAAAUAGAGUAAGCCUGGUCAGUAUCUGGUGCUCAACUGUCGUUCAGGAGAAGAUUGCGGGUUUGGAAUUUAGUCAGACCGCCCUCCUUUCCAUUCAAAAUGGAACUACUGCUAGCAUCGGCUGGUUGUUACGUAACGGAUCACAUGUCGACUUCAACAUCAGCGUUGUAUCCCCGGAAGGCGAGAACCACACAGCGAAUUUGACCAAUGCUAAAGCACUUGGCGCCACAUUUUUCGCCAUUUACAAAACGAACAUAACCAAUCCUGGCCUGUACCUUGUGACGAUCACAGCGGUUAAUAAGUUGUACGAUGAUAGCAUCAGAGGCAAUCUCAGUGUGCAACGUGCAAUCUCGGGUGUAUCCGUGAUGCAUCCGGGCAUCGUGAAAACAAACCAGACGUUUAAUUUUACCGUACUACAGCAUCAAGGAGAAGAAACAGCCAAUUACUUCUUACUUACCAUGGACGGAAAAACGAUCAACACCACAAAGAAAGUUAUUUCACACACGUAUCGUAAGGGUGGGAGGUACAAAGUUGCUUUGAUCGCAUCCAAUGAUAUCAGUUCAGCCGUAGCACACUGCCAAGAAGUCAUCGUUCAGGACGUGAUCGAAGGAUUGCAGUUUGAGAGCUUCGAUCACAAUGCGGGAGUGAUGACCGAGGCGCGAGUGCACUGGAAAGUGUCUCAGGGUUCUGAAAUAUCCAUACUUGUCGACUACGGCGAUGGCGACACAAAACUAUUCAAAGAGAACAUCACAGUUGCCGAUAUUUUUUUGGCCAUAAGCAGUCAUAACUACAGUGCUCCUGGGGACUAUCUCUUUCAAGUCACAGUAAGUAAUCAGGUCGACAACAAGACGAUUAACACCACAAUCCAUGUUGAGACUCCAGUACAGGGCGCCAAACUUGCAGUAGGACGCGGAUCGUUGCAAAAAGCGGCUGAAAGUGGACCUUGUGCAAAGGGCGGUGUUUUGUACAUAGCUGUGAACGAGAGCGUCACGGCAACUGCUACAGUUUCAAAUGGUACCAACGUUAACGUUGUGUUCGAUUUUGGAAACGGUUCGUCAAGCAAUCUUACAUACUUGCAUCAAGAAUUCCCUGAAAACGGAACGACUUCGAAGCAUUUUUACUCGGACGCAGGGGAAUACAAUAUCACAGUGACGUUGUUUAACAGAAAUCUUGAGAAUGUGACGUCGACUUGCAGGCUGAUUGUUCAGAACCCCAUCAGCGUGGUCAAACUUAAGUCAAACUCGCCCAUUCCUUCUUCGCUUGGCAAAGUGGGGUUCCGCGUGGAAUUUUCUACCCAGAACCCUCCCUCGAGGCCACUUUACUUCAACUACAGCUUUGGAGACAACGUCUCCCAAAACCUUUUAAAAAAUAGAGAUGAAAUAAUUCAUCCUUAUCCCAGGCAAGGCGUAUAUAUUGCUACUGUUGAAGUUUCCAAUGAGAUAAGUUCCGACAGCGCAUCCGUGGAGGUUAAAGUUCAAGAUGAAGUCCACGGCCUCAAUUUUACAGCUAACGUGACAGAUUAUGUCAAUGAAUGUCCACAAGAAAAGAAAUUUUUUCCUCAAACAGGCGUGUUUCCCUUGGAAUACGACAUAUCUUUCAGCGCCUCCAUCAUAAAUGGUACAAACGUGACGUACACCUGGACCUUUCCAGACGGUCACAAAAUCGAGGGAAUUAGCUGUCGGCAUAAGUUCAACUCAACAGGAGAUCACAAUAUCUCACUCUGGGCAAAGAACGAAGUCAGCAACGACACUAAAGAAAUGAAAAUCACCGUAGAGGAAAGCAUACUUGGAGUUAGCCUGAAGAACGACGGACCUGCAGUGAAGGACAAACCUCUCAAUUUCUCUCUACGUGUGGAAAAGAAGGGAAACAAUUCUUGUUUUAAAAUUGAACUGAAGGACAGCGAGGGAACGACAAAAUAUUUCAAGACUGGUACGCCGUUCCUGCAGGGGAGUUGUGAGAACCCCACAGAUUUAAAAUCACCCGUGAAUUUCUCACACACCUACACCAAGGCACAAGAUUAUAAUGUCACUCUGACUGCCGAGAAUCGCGUCUCUUGCGUCAGGAUUGGAAAUCAAAAAUCUAAAGCGUCCGUUGUGAAAGGACCUUGCUUUUACCCAGAAAUAAACGCUGUGAUAUCAAAGACCAAGGAAGAAGGAACGGAGUACAAACGCUCGAAGAAGAUCGAUAUCAAAACAUCAAACAAAAUCAAUUGCUACAACCUUACAACUAAAUAUGGGUGGCGCAUUUAUCGGCUGCGAGACGAUAAGAAAGAAGAACUUCCCAAGGAAGAAUUAAAAAUCGACCUCGGCAGUUCUGACCUGAACAUCCCUGCUCGCAGGCUUGAUUACGGCUCGUAUGAAUUGGUUUUCCGGAUCGACAUGUUGUUGGAACCAGGCGUUUUUACCGAGGAGAAAUUUUACAUAGAGAUCACAAAAUCUGAACUUGUCGCUAUUAUCGAUGGAGGUACAGAGAGGACUGUGGGUAAUGUAGCCCCCUUGGAUCUAAACGCUGUGAAAUCAAAGGAUCCUGACAGCGAGUCACAGGAUAACACUGGAUACAAUUUUUCGUGGUUCUGUAAGCAGAGGGAUGAUAAUUACAAUCUACCAACUAAUUUAACAAACCUACCCCCCAUUCCAACCCCACCACCUCAGAUAAAUAAUACACGCAAUGUCUCCCUCGGCGGUUGCUUUGAUUAUGGACCUGGACAGCUCAACUUCACGUCUCAGAAAAUUACGUUGAACACAAGUCUUAUGACCCCAAACACCACGUAUAUUUUCCGAUUCGUCAUGACGAAGGACGACCGCAACAAAUUUGCAGAUCAGAUUGUGACUGUUAGUCCGGGAGACCCGCCAACCCUGAAAAUUGAGUGUGAGCAAUGUGACGUAUCAGAAAAAAUUAACCCAUCGAGCAAGUUAACGUUACGAGGCCACGGAAAGCAUAGAACAAACAAGAAAAUUAAUUACAAAUGGGAGUUGGAAAUGAAAGAAUGCGGCAAAAGUGAAGAAGAGAAUUGCAACGAAACACAAAAAUUAGAGGAGUAUGCUGGCACACCUUUGCACUUGGAUAGCCUAGUGAUCAAACCCAAUAAACUGGAAGGUGGUAAGAAAUACGUGGUUACUUUGAUCGGGUGGAUUGUUGGUGGAAAAGAGGGCAAUGCCAGCCGUGAAAUUACCAUUAACGAGCCUCCCAAAAAUGGAGAAUGUACCGCAGAGCCACUCGAGGGUAAACCAUUGGAGCCGAGUUUUACUCUGCGCUGCAAAAACUUUAAAGAUGUCGAGACACCGCUACAAUAUGAAUUCUUUUACUGGAGAGGGGAAGGAUUAAAGAAUGAAACGAUAGGCAAGGGCUUAGAGGAUAUACGUUCACGAGUUACAUUUCCAAGUGGUCUGGAGAAAAACGACAACGAUUUAACACUCUACGCCAAAAUUUUCGACGGUUUGGGAGCCUCAGAGAUGGUCAAGUUCAAAUCUCCAAUAAAGGUGAAACGUGUAGAGAUGAGCGUUGAACAAAUUCAAAACAGAGCAAAAAGUCAACUAACAAGUUUAGUUAAUGCUGGAAAUACUCUAGAGACCGCUUCAUUUGUUCAAUGUAUCGCGGAGGAACUGAACGACGGUAGCGAAUCAACGUCUGGAGAAAGUCCUGAAGACAAUAAGAAGAAAAAAGAGGUGCGAGAGCUUCUUGUUACGGCUCUGAUAGAGACACAAUCUGUUAGCGGGAGUUUGUCUGAUAUUACGCUGUUUACCAACACUCUUGCCACCGUUACAAGCAACCCUAAAGAGAAUUCCAAAGCUGUGGAGGAAAAAGUCGCAGGUGUGAUGGAGGAAGCCGGUACAAAAAUCCUUGAACAAGCCAACGGAACAGACGAAGUGUCCAGCGAGGAUAUAGUGGACGCCGCUGGGUCUGUGUUGAAUGGAGGAGCCAACAUCAUUAGGUCAGCGGCUGUGUCACAAAACAAUGAAGAGACAAAUGCAGCAAAAAAUACAACUCAGAAAAUUCUUGGAACAUUCGAUAAUUUGGCAGCGGCUCUGACAGUUUCUAUGGUUCCCGGCGAGGAAGCACAAGAGCUUACAGCGGGAUCAAUCUCUCUGGGAGUUUCUCGAACAAAGACUGAGGACAUCGGUAAAAAGCCACUCAAAAUUGGCGGUAGUGAGGUGACAAUUCCGCAGAACUUGACGGUCUUUGGCAAUAAAACUCUUGAUAUAAUGCAACUUGUUUCUAAGACAAAUUAUCAUCCUGAGAGGGAAUUCAACAACAGCGGGCUUGUGAGUAUUUCAUUUCAAGAGUCAGAUGGCAGCAAAGUUGAUGUUAAAGAUCUGGAGAAAGGAGAGGAAAUAAGCGUGAUUGUUCCAAGAAUUGAGCCAGAUGCCGAUCGAUUUGCGGUCUCAGGGGAGCUUGAGUCAAGCAAAUACAUUGAGCACGAGUUUGAAGUACAUGACAACAUGUCCGCUUUGAUAAUCGAAGUGUCACCAGACCUUGACGUGGACAUAGAGCUGUAUGUCAAAAAGGGAGAGGUACCCAAUUUAUCGAAGAACGUGUACGACUACAACGUGACGCUUUCGGUUGGAGAGUUGACUCCAGGGGUUCGGGUUCGGGUUGACAACUCAUCAAAUUCCACCGGCCCGUCUCAUCAUUCAUAUGAAUAUUUCUUGUCUAAUGAAGAUCUAAACUGGACUGCAGCCGGGACAUACUUUGCUCUCGUACGCUCCAAGGAACCCAAGAACCAUUCGUUCACCGAGGAGGAACUGAAAAAAAUACCGUACAACUUCUCUGUGAUCCUCUCCAGUUGUUGGUAUUACGACGAGGAAAGCGAGGUCUGGUCAACAGAGGGCGUCAAGGUGGGGCCGAAGACAAGUGUCAGUGCUACUGAAUGCUUGACUACACACCUGACAACAUUUGGGAGUAACUUUUUCGUUCCGCCGAACAAGAUCAACUUCCACGAGCUCAGUCCAGGAAAACUGUUGGAGAGUCCGCAUGCGCUGAUUACAGUGUGUAUAAUUAUGGGCCUUUAUCUCCUUUGUCUUAUUCCUGCGAGGAGAGCGGACAAGAAUGAUGCAUUAAAGACGGGAGUGUCUCCACUACCUGACAAUGACUCUCGAGAUACCUAUUGUUACGAGAUUCAAGUACAUACGGGGUUUGCCCGAGGUGCUGGUUCCAGUGCUGAAGUGUCCAUUGUCGUGACUGGUGCUCUUGGUGACAGUGAGCCUCGAGUGUUGAAAGACCCGAAGAGGAAAACAUUCAAGACAGGGGCCGUCGAUGCCUUCCUCUUGACUGUACCCCAGUCUCUUGGCAACCUGAAACAAAUCCGCGUCUGGCACAACAACGGAGGCAACUAUCCCUCGUGGAACCUUCUCCGUAUCAUGAUCCAGGAUAUACAGACAGACCAAAGAUGGUGGUUCGUCUGCGACGACUGGCUGGCGGUUGAUGAAAGCGACGGCAAAAUCGAGAGGAAUCUUUUCCCGGCGUCGAAGAAAGACCUGACGAAAUUCAACGUGCUUUUCACGUCCGAAGUGAGGAAGAACCUGACUGAUGGUCAUAUAUGGUUCUCUGUUGUGACUCGCCCACCCCGAAGUACCUUCACUCGGGUUCAACGUUUGACAUGUUGCUUGUCCAUUCUCUUGUGCACCAUGCUUGCCAAUGCCAUGUUUUACAAAGUGGGAGAGGGCGAGACGACUAUCAAUUCCAUUAAGAUCAUGGGGUUUAGCUUCUCGAUCCGACAGGUCUCAAUUGGGGUUAUGAGCAGCUUAGUUGUGUUUCCCGCCAAUCUUAUCAUCGUUACUAUCUUUCGAAAAGCCAAGCCGAAAGAAAAUCGAUACACAGUGAAAACCGAAAGUGAAGAUAUAGAGAACGUUGAUAUCGAGGCUGGCGGAGAAAGGAAGAGAGCUCCACCGAAGAAAGGUCUUCCCCACUGGUUCGUUUACGUGGCAUACGCCAUAGCAUUCCUGGCCGUGGCUACAGCAGGAUCUUUCGUCAUCAUCUACGGAAUGGUGUUUGGAGCAGAAAAAUCAGUGCAGUGGCUUUCAUCGAUGACUGUUAGCUUUUUGCAAGACGUCUUGCUUACACAACCAAUCAAAGUGUUCCUACUGGCGAUGUUGUUUGCCCUGCUCAUUAAAGAUCCCAAGAAAGCCGAAGAAAAUUCCUACGCGGACAUUAACGCUCUCGCCAACGACGAGGAAUGGCUGCAUAAAAACACAGAGGAUCUUGACCCCGAGAUGCAGAAGACUCUGAAGACGCUCAUCAAUGACAAGCCACCGGACGAGGCUAAGUUAGAGAUUGCACGACAGCUUCGGAUGAAGGAAAAGCAGAUGAAGUCCAUAAUUCGAGAGAUUGCCUGGUACGUCAUCUUCCUCUUGGUCCUCCUCACCAUCAGUUACGGUAACAGAGACCUGAUAACAUCCCAGGUGACGCGAUAUAUGCAGAACUCCUUUGUAGACUCAACUUUCAGCGGAAACCUAACUUACAAAAAGGUGCACGAGAUCUCUCAUUACUGGAAAUGGGUGAAUGAGGUUUUCAUCCCUUCUCUGGACCCUCACACUUACUACGAUGGCGUAACGCCGUACGAGACCAAUUUUCUUGCAGACACACCCAACGCCUAUCUGUUGGGCGUGGCGCGGCUGAGGCAGCUAAGGAUCAAAAAGGAUACCUGCGAGUAUAAACGCAUAUUCCACCACAUUAUCCCCCAGUGUAACGAUUUCUACAGCAUGGAAGACGAAGACCACGGCUCGUACCUGCCUGGUUGGAAAGGAAAACCUCUUGUACCACCUAAGAAUGGUUCUGUUACCCCGGUCCCCACUCCCAGUAAAACGCCCCAAGUAAAAGGUCCGUGGGACUACCAGAGCGGAGACGAACUAAAAACAUACCCGUACUGGGGUUACAAGGCCACCUACAGCGCUGGAGGAUUCGUGCAAAAUUUACCCAACGAUGCCAACGAUUCCAUGAAAAUAACAGCAAACCUACGCGCUAGUGGCUGGCUAGACCGCUACACACGAGCUAUUUUCUCCGAGUUCGCCAUCUACAACGCUAACACAAACCUCUUCUGCGUGGUAACCCUUCUGUUUGAACAGCUGCCUACCGGAAGUCUGACUUCGUAUCCCAGCAUUCUCACUCUCCGUCUCUUCCGGUAUGUGGGAGGAGAAAUGUACUUCGUGUUGACAUGCGAGAUUGUGUACCUCGCGUUCUGCGUGUUCUUUGUGGUCAAGGAGAUAAGGCUGUUUGUGAAGAAGGGCAGGGAACAUUUGAAAAAUCCAUGGAGCGUUCUGGAAAUAUUUGUGACUCUCCUGUCACUGUCCGCAGUUGGACUGUACUUCGCGAGGAUGAAGUUUACCAACGACGCUCUGCGAGAUAUGAAUAAUGACCACUCCGGCUUCGUCAGUUUUCAUUACACCGCGUUCCUAGACGAGUGGCUCAAAUGCAUCAUUGGUAUCAUCGUGUUCCUUUCGUUCUUGAAGCUGUUCCGUCUCCUCCGUUUCAACCGUCGCAUGUCACUGCUACAGCAAGUCUUGAAGCGAUGCUUCACCCAGUUGAUCUCAUUCCUGUUCAUGUUUGCACUGGCGUUUCUUGCUUUUGCACUCCUCGCGUGCCUAGUUUUUGGACAGGCUAUGGAAGGGUUUGGCACGUUCUUGGCAAGCUGCGCCUCUCUGAUGGACACCAUACUCGGCAAGUUCACCUUGAAAGGGAUGAUGGAGGCAAACAGGAUCAUCGGACCAAUCUUCUUCUUAACUUACACAAUCUCCAUGGUGUUCGUUCUCAUCAACAUGUUCCUGUCUAUAAUCAACGAUGCGUUUACAGAAGUUCGUAGCGAUGUUGAGAAGCAGUCCAACGAGUAUGAAAUAGUGGACUUCAUGAUUCAUCGCCUCAAAGAGAACAUCGGAAAGUCCAUCGGUCACGCCAUCCACCCUGUGUACAAAGAGCCUAAGAGUGAACUGGAGGUCAACUUCGAUAAAAUCGCUGACAAUGCAGAUAACGCCAUGCAUUUUAUGAGGAACAUCGCAUUCGAGGACAUGAGAAAGACGCGCUGGUUCCAGACGGAAAGCUGCACAGACAAGAAGAAAAACUUGAUAAGACUGCUGAUGGAGGUGGAGUGGGAUUAUUACGAGGAGGAGCUUUGCGAUUCUAUUCCAGUUUUCGAGAGGUUUCUUAACCAAUACAGCAACGAAGAACUCGAGAAAAUUCUGCAGUAUUACCGACAGAAGCGAAUGGUCGAAGAUGUAGUUUACGACGAAGUCAACGGAGGAAGAGACGAGGAAUCAUCUGAUGGAAGUGACAGCGAUGACAGCAACGGCGACAGUAACGACAGCAUCAGCGACGAUGAUAAAUCAAGUAACGACGAGAACGAAUCGGGAGCCGAACAAGUCGCCGAAGAUGGAACGAGGUUAUUAACGCCAGGAGUCGGUGAUAAACCCAGCAGCGCACAUAGCCAUCGUGAAAGCUUAACGGAUGGUUUUGUCGAAACGAAGAUUCGAAGUCCUUCGUUACUGGUCACCGAUUUAGAGCCAAUAAUUGCAGUACAAAUGAACCAACAGACGCAGGAUAUCAAGCGAGAAAGCCCGUGUGUGGAUCCUUACACGGUGGUGAGUGAGAAUGAGCUUGUGAAAAUACUACAGGACGUGCAACGCGAUGUCGAGAGCCGCUGCGCCACAGAUGCCGAAAUUGAUAGCAUUUUCGGAGACUCGUUAUCCGCCGAUGGUAUCAAGCCGCUCAAGUUCGACAGCGAGCCAGAAAACACUGGCAGCAUGAAAAAGAAUGCUCCUAAGAAGCGACGAAAAAAGAAAACAGAGGAGAAAGAAAUGCCAAAAAACAGAUCUCCACGAGACGCUUGGGUGACAACAACAAACGACAAAGCUGAAGAUGAUGCGGCGACCGGAGAACCAGAGGAAAAACCGGAGGAAAAGAAAGAAAAGAAGGAAAAGAAAGCAAAGAAAGCAGAGAAAGAGCCAAAGACGAAUAGAAAGCCUAGUGAUCCGUGCGUAGGAGAUGACGAGGCCGAAGAAGUUCCGAAAUCGAAAAAGAUACCAAAAGAAAAAGGUGUGACUGAAGUUGAACAGGAGGCUGAACCAACAAAGAAGAAGAAAAAGGAGAAAAAACCCGAACCUUCAGCUGUUGUUUUCACAGAAGAAAACAUGGAGGAAGAAACAAACGAAGGGGAAGGAAGGGUGAACAAGAAGAAAACCAAGAAGAAAAAGCAAGAAACAUCCCAAGAAAACCAGGAACCAGGCAUUGCAUCUCAGGCUGAAGGAAAGAAGAACGAGCAAAAAACAUCCCAAGAAAACCAGGAGCCGAGGGUUGCGUCGCAGGCUGAAGGCAAGAAGAAAAAGCCAAAAGCCAAGAAGAAACUUGCCACUGUUGUAGAUGAUGGUCAUGUUUCAGUUGCAUCAAAUGAAAUGGUGGAAACAGUGGUGGAAGGAAAGACGAAGAAGAAGAAAAAGAAAGAAAAGAAAGAGGUACCCGCCGUGAACAAGGAUGUAGAGUGGAAGGAGGAGAGCGAGUGCUGAGUCAGUAACAUUUUACAGUGGAGUUUUGCAGUAGCUGUACAAGAUAAAGUAGAAUAUAAUUAUCAUAUUCAGUUUAUAAAGUAGCUUUGCGCGACCUUAACUAAAAGUACAAAACGUUUUGUUACGAUGUAUUCAAAAGGUGGAGCCUUAUUUCGUUUGUCGGAGCAGCUAUGCUUUUAUUGUAGUUCCUCAUCUCUUUCAUAUACGAUUCUUUAAGUACAUUAAAUAAACACCUUAAAUUGUGGUGGUUCUUAAGUUAAAAUUUGGUAAAUAUUAAGCUAACUGCUCCUAAAUCUAAGAACAAGCAAAGAGCCACGAAAUUUUCGCCAAAUUAGUUUCCUAUUUGUACCACACAACAAAUACGAUUGUUGCUACACAACCGUCCUCUGAGGAAACUCGCGGGCUCGGUCCAUUUGCGGACAAGGGUAUGCAUCCACAGUUAGACGUUACGCCAGUGCGUAGAAUAACAUUCAAAUAGUAUUUAAUCCUCGCUGGAAACAGAAAAAAUAGCUCCGAAUUUUUCUAGCGAAUGUAGAUUGUUUAACGACGGAGUAAUACGCCUUUUGUAACAAGAAAUAGAGAGUAAUUGUAAAGGUCGUAAUUUUUUGCAUAUUAAAAAGUAAAUUAUAACGAGA